AUGGUUCUUAUUUAUUUAAUUGUUAUUAUGGCAUUAGUUAACAUCAUAGGGACAGCGAGGGAGAGAAGAUGUGUUUUAAAAAAGCGGGCUUUAGAGUGGUCUUUGGCUUUAUUGUUUAGUACUUUAGUUUUUUGGGGUGGAUUUGACGGAGAAAGUCAUUUUCAAUUUUUUAGUUUAGUAGAAUGAAAUAUAUUUUCUACUUUAGAUUGAGGCCCGAUUGUUUUUGCAGUCGAUGGUGUUUCUUUGGUUUUUUUAUUUUUAACGACUUUUUUAAUUCCAAUUUGUAUUUUAAUUAGCCAAAAAUCAAUAAAAUUUUUAUUUAAAGAAUUUCUUUUGUGCUUGUUUUUUUUAGAAGUUUUAUUAAUAGGUGUUUUUAUAGUGUUUGAUCUUCUUUUGUUUUAUCUUUUUUUUGAGGGGAUAUUAAUACCAAUGUUUUUUUUAAUUGGUAUUUGAGGCUCUCGAGAAGAAAAGGUUCGUGCUUCUUUUUAUUUUUUUUUUUUUUACUUUUAUAGGCUCUCUCUUUUUUUUUUUAUAAUACUUUUUUUAUAUCAAAGGAUUGGAACAACAGACUAUUUUCUUUUACUUAAUAUUAAAUUAUUUUUAAAUAUUCAAAAAUGAGCCUUAGUUGGGAUUUUUCUUAGUUUUGCAGUGAAACUACCUCUUAUUCCAUUUCAUAUUUGAUUGCCACAAGCACAUGUUGAGGCUCCUGUUGCGGGAUCUGUUAUUUUGGCUGGAAUUUUAUUAAAAUUAGGGGGUUAUGGCCUUUUGCGUUUUUCUUGACCUCUUUUUCCGGGGGCUUCUUUAUAUUGGUCUCCAGUUAUUGUUUUUUUUAGUGUUGUUGCUGUUGUUUAUGGAGGCUUAAUGACAUGUCGUCAAAUUGAUUUUAAACGGCUUGUUGCUUACUCUUCUGUUGCUCAUAUGGGACUUGUGCCUUUGGGUCUUUUUACACAUGUUAUAGAGGGGUUAAUUGGGGCUCUUUUUUUAAUGUUGGCGCACGGAUUUGUUAGCUCUGCUCUUUUUAUUGGAGUAACUUUUUUGUAUGAUCGCCAUCAUACUCGUUUAAUAAAAUAUUAUCGGGGUUUGACUUUGACAAUGCCUCUUUUUGUUAUUACAAUGUUAAUUUUGUCUUUGGCGAACAUGGGUUUUCCUCUUAGUUGUAAUUUUGUUGGAGAAUUUUUUUCUUUAUUAGCAGUCUUUCAAUAUCAUUAUGGAGUUGGAAUGUUUGUUAUUUUAGGGGUUCUUUUUUCUGCAAUUUAUUCUCUUAGUCUUUUUAAUCGUAUUUCUUUUGGUGGAGGAUCUAAUUAUUUACUUUUUAAUAGAGACUUAAGUCGACGAGAGAUUUUUGUAAUUUUUCCUUUUCUUUUAAUUAUCUUGGGGGGGGGGAUUGUGCCUUUUCCUAUUAUUGAUUUAAUUAAAAAUAGUCUUGUUUUUAGCCCGGGGGGUUAG